UAACUUAUGACAGGAAGCAAAGCUUCGAAAAAUUACCAACUUGGGAAUUUUGUUACGACACUUUAAGUCGGCAUUGCCAAAUUCUCGAAAGCAACAUGAAACCGCAAUAUGAAAGGAGCAAAGGCGCACAUCAUAAGCAAGCAUCAAGCGCAUUCGUGACUGCACAAAGCAAAUCACCAUCGAAUUGUUUAAGGGACACAUGAUUUCAAAAUGUCCUUCCAAAUCAAAAUGCCGUGUAUGCCAAAAUUCACACCAUACCGCGUUGCAUCGUCAUAUCUCGGCAGAUAACAAUGGAGCUCAUAUGAGUGAAACAAUUGCGUCGCAACCACCUGUUCUAUCGUUAGUAUCACAAAGUACUCGGCGUGCACUUAUUCCUACAGCUCUUGUCUUAAUCAAAGACAAGUAUGGCAGUUUUCAAACAGCGCGGGCUCUUCUAGACUCGUGCUCUGAAAUUAACUUCAUUACUGAAGAGCUGGCUAAACGACUUCAACUUGGAUUUCAGCGAAAUAAUCAAGAAAUUUCUGGUAUUGCAGAUGUUCGUACCAACUUGCGGUUUUCAGUCAAAACAGUUAUUAAAUCUCGAGUGUCUAGCUAUGAAUUCACUUCAGAUCUUGCCGUCACAAACCGAAUUUCGCUUCAGCAGCCAGAACAUUGUUUGGACACUACCAACUGGAAUCUUCCAGAAGGCAUUAUACUGGCUGAUCCGCUCUUCUACAAACCACAAAAAA